AAAGCGGGACGGUUGGGAGAGCCUGUCCAUCCUUUGGACUCAGGGAUGGCUGACAAGAGGCAGUCUGGCCGGCAGAAUGAUGGGGAGGAAGUGCCAGCUUUCUUCAAGAACCUGGGAUCAGGGAGCCCCAAGCCCAGGCAGAAAUUCUGUGGCAUGUUUUGCCCAGUGGAAGGAUCUUCUGAGAACAAGACUAUAGAUUUUCAGUCUUUGCCGGCUGGGCGAGGGACUGGGAAAGUCAUUGUCCAGCAAAGGGAUGUGACCCCUUCAGAUGUGGGGAGGAAACUGGAGAUCAAGUGUUCCUCUGGCAAAGAAGCCCUGCAGAACCUCAAUGAUAAGAGCGAUCGGCUACUAAUUAAAGGUGGAAAAAUCGUUAAUGAUGACCAGUCGUUUCACGCUGACAUUUACAUGGAGGAUGGAUUGAUUAAGCAGAUUGGCGAAAACCUGAUUGUGCCGGGGGGCGUGAAGACCAUUGAAGCUCAUGGUAGGAUGGUGAUCCCGGGCGGCAUUGAUGUCCAUACUUGCUUCCAGAAACCAUGCAACGGCAUGGUGUCUUCUGAUGACUUCUUCCAAGGAACCAAGGCAGCGCUGGCAGGGGGCACCACGAUGAUCAUUGAUCAUGUUGUGCCCGAACCUGGCUCCAGCCUGCUUAGCGCCUUUGAUCAGUGGCGGGAAUGGGCAGACACCAAGUCAUGCUGCGACUACUCCUUGCAUGUCGAUAUCACUGAAUGGCACAAGGGUGUUCAAGAGGAGAUGGAGGCUCUUGUAAAGGAUCACGGAGUGAACUCCUUCCUGGUUUACAUGGCCUAUAAGGACCAAUACCAACUCACUGAUUCACAGAUUUACGAGGUAUUUAGCGUGAUCCGUGACAUUGGUGCCAUUGCAGAGGUCCAUGCAGAAAAUGGGGAUGUUAUAGCAGAGGAACAACUCAGGAUUCUGGAACAAGGAAUCAACGGCCCAGAAGGACAUGUUUUGAGCCGACCAGAAGAAGUGGAAGCAGAAGCUGCAAAUCGUUCUAUCACCAUUGCAAACCAGACCAACUGCCCCUUGUAUGUCACCAAGGUGAUGAGCAAGAGUUCCGCUGAGGUCAUAGCUCAGGCCAGGAAGAAAGGUGCGGUGGUUUACGGAGAACCAAUCACAGCCAGUCUGGGAACGGACGGUUCACACUAUUGGAGCAAAAACUGGGCAAAAGCUGCAGCCUUUGUUACCUCUCCGCCUCUCAGCCCGGAUCCCAGCACCCCUGAUUUUCUAAACUCUUUGUUGUCCUGUGGUGACCUGCAGGUGUGUGGCAGUUCACAUUGCACCUUUAAUACAGCUCAGAAAGCUGUUGGAAAAGACAAUUUCACGCUAAUCCCAGAGGGAACCAAUGGAGCGGAAGAGAGGAUGAGCGUCGUGUGGGACCGAGCUGUGGUGUCUGGAAAAAUGGAUGAAAACCAGUUUGUGGCUGUUACCAGUACAAAUGCUGCAAAGAUCUUCAAUCUGUAUCCGCGCAAAGGACGCAUAGCUGUGGGAUCUGAUGCUGACCUGGUGAUCUGGGACCCAGACAGUGUGAGGACAAUCUCAGCCAAGACACACAAUAGUAAUGUAGAGUACAAUAUCUUUGAGGGGAUGGAGUGCCGCGGCAGUCCUCUCGUGGUAAUCAGCCAAGGAAAGAUUGUACUCGAGGAGGGAACUCUCCAUGCUACUGAGGGGUCAGGACGAUACAUUCCAAGGAAACCGUUUCCAGACUAUGUGUACAAGAGGAUCAAGGCCAGGAGCAGGCUUGCUGAGCUGCGAGGAGUCCCACGCGGCCUGUAUGAUGGUCCUGUCUGUGAAGUUUCCGUUACGCCCAAAGCUGUCACGCCAGCAUCUUCUGCCAAGACCUCACCAGCCAAACAGCCAGCACAGCCCAUACGGAACCUGCACCAGUCCGGAUUCAGCCUGUCAGGGGCACAGGUCGACGACAACAUCCCUCGUCGCACUACUCAGCGUAUCGUUGCUCCCCCUGGUGGCCGUGCCAACAUCACCAGCCUCGGCUAAUCCCAGACUACUUACCACCGCCCCCCAGCCUCUCCUUUCUUUGAAUCAUUCCGAAGGGUUACCAGUUCUCCACAUUUUCUAUAGCUACAGGGAUGACUACUUAAAAACAGACUUCACAAGAGGAAUAAACACUUAAUUUAUAUAAGUGUGCCUGUUACUAUGCACUGCUCAUAGCAAAAGCCACACUUAUGCCGUCAGAACGGUACAGGCAAAGUGUAGUUUGUGUGUACCGGCUGCUCUGUGUAUGUGUGUGUGAGUAAAUAUGUACCCAUGUAUUUAUACACACAUGUGCGAGCUGAGUUUUACUGCGCAGAACUGAAGACCCCACCCCUUCCCCAAAAGGUCUAUAUUUCCUAGUGCCCCUUCACCCUGUUCAUUAUUGCCAACCCACCCCCUCUCUCCCUCUGGAUCCCCUGGCGCCCCCUUUGCCCUACAGAGCAAUGUUGAUGAGCCUGGCACCAGAGUGGAAGACCCGAUUAGGUACUGCUCACUUAUACUGGGUAAAACCGAGUGUGAUUAGGAUAUUAGGGCUAGGAAUUGGAAUCGAUGGAUUAGGAUUUAGUCUCAAAGUAAAGAUGUGAAAGAAAAGACAUCACAGUGGUUCCCAGAGAAAGACACAGACCCAUGUAGGAGUAGGCGCCGUGCAUUAGGCAUUGUCCUGCUGUCUCCAGGUCGUUCAGUGGCUGUGAUUUGUCACUUGCUAGCCGGGCAUCUCUCGCAUCGAUUGGACGCGGCAAUGACAACAGCACAGACCUGCCCUGAAGACAGGUGGGACUAUGACUUUACACAAGUGGCCAUCCCAAUAAUAAUCCAUUGCUUCUACCACCCCGUCUGUCAGUGAGACAACUUCAGCUUGAGCACUUGUUCUGCCACGUUGUGCCCUAUUUUCCCCUAACUGUCAUCGUCUGUGGGUUGACAGCUUUACAAGUGUAUGCAGAGCUCUUUGUGCAGGUCAGGCUGGCUUGAAGGGGAAGUUAACCUUAAACGUAACUUUUCAUAUGAACUAGAAGCAUCACUGUAAGACACGGGCAACUCGGAUGUUGCCAAACUAUGGCUUCCAUCUGAAUGGCGGCAGUUAGUCUGUGCCUGAUUCAUGAGGUACUAAAUGUGAAGGUAAAGUUUCCCUUUAGCCGGGAAAUAAUCGAAUGAGACUAAAAACCACACAUCCAUGUGUAGGUGGGAACAGUAUGGCUGGUGGCUUCAAACAUUGCAGUUUACUGAGGUGAAGGCUUUGGAGGGGGGAUCCGGGUGCUGACGUCACAAGGUAGAUGUUCCAUGCAAAUCUUGUUUUUAACCCAUUGUGGGAUUUGUGGUUGUGUUCCUGAGUGCAGGAGGUGUUGUGCUGAUGCUAAUAAAUGUAUCUAGAAAGAAAAUGUGCUCUCUCUGAUGUCCUACAGCGGAAGUCUUGUGUCUUUUCCCUGUAAACACUUUGUGUUCCAAUUUCUUUUCACAGGAUCCACUAAUAAACUAUUGUGCUUUCAA